CUUUCUGUGCCAUAAUCUAAACAUUACGGGCAGCGCUUGUAUUGAUAGUGACUACACAGUAGCGGCUGGAUAUUGGUAAGGACGUGUCCCUAGCGUCCCUACCCAAUUCUACGCCCUUGUAUAUAGCGCUUUCAUGGCAGGUAUAAGUAAGUUUCACACACGGUGGCAGGAAGCGCUGUGGCGCCAGCAGCGCUUGGUUUCAGCUUUUGAACAGACGACAAAGAAGAAGCAACCCAGGAAGUUUGCAUAAACAACGUGGGUUUGAGCUGCACAUCAUUGGACACGCCAUCCAUCCAUUCAUUUUAUACCGUUUGUCCCUUUUUGGGGUCGCGCGGGGUGCUGGAGCCUAUCUCAGCUGCAUUCGGGCGGAAGGUGGUGUACACCCUGGACAAGUCGCCACUUCAUCGCUAACAUUACCAAAUACUGCUGUACCUACAUUAUUUACUCAGAUGUGAUAUUUAGCAAAUAGUUUUUGUCCCGAAGCGUGUUCGCAUAGUUCCAAUGAAGGACGAAAAGCAGCAGCGUUCCUCUCUCUUCUUGGAGGUGUGCUGCCAGGAUGAAGAACCUCGUCUCCCUCUGCACUCCUCCAUCGUCUUCUUCCUGCUGUCUUACUGUGACUGCAACUCCUUCAAAGUCCACCUGGUGUCCAGCAAGCCUGGCAACUUAGAGAUCCUUAAAGGUCAGAUACCAGAGCGCGUGGACAUGCUGGACAUUAAGUCAGAGGGUCUUCCGUGGCUGUUGAGGGGCUGCCGUCUCCCUGCAGUGUUGGACGAGACCGGGCGACUGUGCAGGGCUGGGCUGGCUGUGGUCUUGAGGCACAUCAUCAACAAGACCAUUGAGGCUGAUCCCUCCAGGAAGGACGUGCUGGCAUUGCUGGGCUUCAAGAAGACUUGUCUCAAGGCUUGUGCUGAGGUGAGCAAAUGGACCAGGCUGUGUGAAAUUGGGAUCCCGUCAGCUGUCGAAGACCACCUCCGUAACCCUCCUAUCCAAACCCAGCCACCCCCCGUCUCCAUCCUCACUCUGGAGCGAAGGCUGGCCGAACCCGUCAAGGUCCACAACGAUGACAAAAUACGCCGGCAAAAGCUCCAGGAGCAGAGACAAAACGAAAAGAAUGACAACAACCCAGCUGACGGGGGACGCACGGAUUGUGACCCCCAGUCCAGCACGCCGCCUAAUGGACUUGAGCUCAGGGCUGCUCUGGCUAAGCUGUCUGUCGCUGCAGGUCCUUCUGUGGCCAGCAGAGAGUGCUCUGAGAUCAGGAAAGUGAGGACCAAAGACCUGCCUGAGUUGGAGCAUGUCUUUGCUGAGGGGCUGUACUUCACACUGACUGAUGUGGUCCUGUUGCCAUGCAUACAUCAAUACCUGUCUUCCCUCCCGGCUCCUGCUGCCAGCACUCUGCACCACAUCCCCCACCUGCUGCGCUGGUACAGCCGCGUUCAGGAGGUACCCGGGCUACUGCGGGCUGCAAAAGCCUGCGGGAUAACGUUGGUCCGCCCUGAGGCUCUGGCAUCUUGCACAGCGGGGCCGCCACAGCCGGUCGAGGGCAACCCACCAAGUCAACUAGAGCAUGAAGAGGAGACGACCACACAGCUCCCUUUUGUUGGCGGUCCCCGGCCCACCAUGACCAAACUCAAAGAAAGUGGCAUAGUGGCUGUCUUCGCUCCUCAUCCUUGUCCUGAGUGGACGCUCCCGUGGGACAGCUUGCCAGAGGCCAUCAACCCUGCUGAAGGGAAGAUGUCAAAUAUCCGCACAGUCAAGAAGAAGCAACAGCUGAAUAACUUGGUUGCCAUGGUGACACAUCUAGCCAAGCCAGGAGACACGAUUGUGGAUUUCUGCAGUGGAACGGGACAUGUGGGUAUUGUCCUGGCCCACACUCUCCCACAUUGUCAGGUCCUACUCAUUGAAAACAAGGAAGAAUCUCUGAUCAGGGCGCAGGGUCGCAGCACUGAACUUGGGCUAGAAAACAUUGGAUUCAUUCAGGCCAACUUGGACUACUUCACUGGACCUUUUCACAUUGGAGUCGCGCUCCACGCCUGCGGCGUGGCGACAGACAUGGUGAUGGAGCACUGCAUCCAGGCAGGCGCCGCCUUCGUCAUCAGCCCUUGUUGCUAUGGCUUCAUCCAAAACGCAGUCAAGUUCAGCUUCCCAAGGAGCAAAAUGUUCCAAGAGACUCUGAUUCAUAAGGAACACAUGAUCCUGUGCCGCUUCGCCGACCAAACGGCUGGCCAGCUUCCUCCAGAGAGGCGCCACAUAGGGAAGCAGUGCAUGGGCCUGGUGGACUUGGACCGCUCAUGGGCUGCGCAGUCGCACGGUUACCAGGUGCAGGUGAUGACCAUGGAGCCGGACACGUGCUCGCCCAAGAACAACAUGUUGAUAGGAAAGCCCCACGUGCAAGAAGGCGCUCACUAAUUGGACGAACCUGAGCUUACUGUAGGACACGCCUAAUCUCUGGGCAUCACCUUCCCACGUCCUCACCUUCUACCUGGGUGGUCCACGCCCAUCUCCGUUUGAGCCUGUUCCUCGUGCCCGCGCCCGUUGACGUCACGGUUUAAAGGCACGGGCGCGCU